GUCUGGGACCCACUGGACUCUUUCCAGAGGGAAGGAGCUGCUGCCGAGGAGGAGCCUCCGCUUCCCUGCCUUCCCUGCUGGGAGAGGGCCAUGCUGAGGGCCCUCUGGAGCCGCUGGGAGGCCUACAAGUACCGCUUCGUCCCCUGGAUCGCCUUCAACCUCCGCCACAAGCGCAGAACCCUACGAUUUGUACCAGAAGAAUCAAAAGACAAAAUAGUCUCUGAUGAAGAUGUCCUUAAAACACUACUGAAAACCUUUAGAGCUUUAUUUAUAAAUGACUUGGGCAGGCAAAUGUUUCUUCUGAACUUCCUUCCAGAAGUUAAAUCUAAAUACCCAGAGCUUCAGACAGUUCGUUCUAUGAUAUCCAGAGCCAAAGAUGACAACCUGCAGAGUCAAAUCUUCUUUAAUCCAGAAGAAAUUUUGUUUAAUACAUUAGGAUUUAGUAUUACACGAAGCCGCAGUUCAUUGAUUUCUGCUGGCACGGGAGUUUUUGUAACCAAAGGUUUUAUUCCAAAGGGAACAGUUGUAUCUAUGUAUCCUGGUACAGUCUAUGAAAAGUAUGAGCCCAUAUUUUUCCAGUCCAUUGGCAAUUCAUUUAUAUUUAGAUGUAUAGAUGGGGUGCUGAUUGAUGGGAAUGACAAGGGCAUCUCAAAGGCUAUAUACAGGUCAUGUAGCAAAAGAGACCAGCUUGGUCCUUUAAAGAUGAGUGAUGCCUUUUGGCUUACAAAUAGUGUGCAGAAUCCACUGGCAGUGGGGCAGUAUGUCAACAAUUGUUCAACAGACAAAUCAGCCAAUGUAUGUUACCAGGAGUUUGAUGUACCUGAAUGUUUUCCUGUAGAAUUUAGACAGUAUCUUCCAAAUAUCAAGUACAGUCAUGAAGUCCAGAGAAUUGUAAUAAUGAAAGAAAAAUGUGGAUAAUAAUCUCUCCAAAAUCCACCUCUCUCCCAUGCAUGAUCUGCAGACCCUUGAGAUGUGUAGUUCUGGUGGCUCUACAAAAUAUUGGGCCAGGAGAAGAACUUUUCUCAAACUAUUACACAAUUAUCAGCUGAGCCCAGGGAACCAUUAAAUGGAUACCUUUGGCAUCCUAAGGUAUUUAUAUUGAAUGCACACUUGGUUGUGAUUGGGGCUAUUUAAUGCAACUCAUUAACUGUCAAGAUUUAGCAAUUACCAUUUUCACUUCCAGUUAUUAACUAUUUAGGAGAACCAGCAUGGCUUCCAGUCUUUGCUACACCGUAAGAGUUAACUAUACAGCUAGUAAGAAUUAAGGAUAAUUUUGGACUGUGCAACUCUGCAAACAAGGAUUUGAAUCUCCACUUGGCCAUGGAAACCUACAGGGUGACGUUGAGCGAGUUACACACACUCGGCCUCAGAAGACCCCAUGAUAGGUUUGCCUUAGAUUCGCCAUAAGUUGGAAACAAAUCAAAGGCACCCAACAACUGCAGACCUACUUAACCUUUCCUCAUCCAUGGUGCUGCAGGCAUCUUGAAUCACACCAGAGAAUCUUGACUUUGAUAUAUGGUUUCCAGGGGCAGAGAACUUCCAGAAACCAGUGGCUGAACUCACCAGGAAAUAAGACAUGGUUAACAUCUCUCUUAGCACUGAAGUUUGCAUCUUUGAGUGGCAGCAGGUUUUUCUCUCACAACGUACUUCUGGCUAUGGCCAUCGUCUGAUGAAACUCAGCUGAAUGCAGCCAUACAUAACCUUACAAGAGGUAUGAGAAGACAACAGUGUGGUCAAACAAAUUCAUUUUCAGAACUGUACCAACGUUAGUAUACUAUGGCAACAGUAUUAAUACAUACCACUCCCUCACUAUGUCCCAAGUGAGCUUUAUGAUGCAGAAUUACAAAAUGUAACAAACUUUUGAAUAUAUUCUUGUAGUUAUUGUCCUGAGAUGAUGCUGCCAAUUUAAAAAAUGAUUUACAAAACAGUGUGUCUGUUUCUUUUU